AUGGUACCCGCCGACCGCCUCCCAUCUCGCCGCUGCUCUGGCGGGGCGGCGGCGGGGCCUGGCGACGGCGCGCGGCGCAUGCACGGCUGGCCGGCUGGUGGGGCGUUCUGUCCCCCCGGCGGCGGCGCGGGCACGAGGUCGCCCGCGUGGGAUCUGUUUCUCGACGUGCCCAUCAUGAGCGGCGGGUUAGUCGCCAUCAGUCGCCGCUGGUCGAACGAGACGGGCGGCUACGACAGCUCGAUGCUCGGGUGGGGCGGCGAAAACAUCGACCUACCCAAACGGGCCAGCCCCAAGGAUGGGAGCUACGUCGCCGGCGCGCACCCGUUUGCUCGCCUGUACGCAGCGAAUGGCGGACGGAUUGGCAAGGCAAACACGCGUGCCGACUGUCCGUGCGUUGGGCCGGCGGGUCAGAACGCGCAGCCACAUCGGUGCCAUUCGUACGGCGCCGCUGCGUUCCGAGACCUCUUUGGCAGGUGCGAGGGCGCCAUCACCUGGGCACGCACCCACUGCGUCGGCAACCCGCGUUGCGACCACAAGGUGGGCUAUUGGGGCCCUGACGGCGUGGAGCUCGGCCGUGACUCGCCGCUCGUGCUCUUCCAGUGGUACCUCGCCAACCGUCCGGACCGCGAUUGUGAGGGCUGCGGCUGCGAGCACGGCGACGGCACCUGCGCCGGCUGCCUCGACGUGCAGGGCUGCCCACAGCCGUGCCAGGCGGACCUCGAUGCCGCUCUCCCGGCUCCGCCCCGCGCCCUGCCAGUGGUCCCGCCCGAGGCAGUCACGCCGCGCACGUCCCCUCGCCCCGCGACGGUCGGCGACCUCUCGACGCACCCACUGCCUCCCGCAGCCGGGUCGCUGCGGGAGGCGCAGGGCGCGAUGCUCGGGGGCACGCUGUACGUCUUCGGCGGCUUCGUCGAUGGCUGGUCGCGCAUGAGCGCCGACGCGUGGGCGUGUGACCUGCGUGGCAGCACGCCUCGCUGGACACCCCUGCCGCGCAUGCCACUCGCCGCGCAAGGCAACACGCACGCGGGCAACGCGGCGGACGAGGCUUCGCAAACGAUCUACCUCGCCGGCGGCAUGGCGAUGCGGGCCGGCAGGCAGGGCCUCGACGACGUGUACACCGCGGACGACGUGCUCGCGCUGCACACGCCCACCGCCACGUGGAAACGGCUGCCGCCGCUCCCCGCCCCCCGCUUCGGAGGCGGCCUCGCGCUGCUCGGCGGCGAGCUGCACUUCGCGAGUGGCGGCACUGUGGACGGCUCGAGGGCGGGGGGGCGCGCAGACGCGUUUACGGCCGACCACGACCAGCAUUGGGCGCUCUCGCUCGCGGACCCCACGCGUGGGUGGAGGGCCCGCGCGGCCGUGCCCGUCCGCGCCAACCACAUGGCGGCCGCCACCCUCGGCUCGCACCUGUACCUGCUGGGCGGGCAGAGCCGCGGCGCCGAGGGCUGCUCGAACAAGGACGACGUGUACCGCUACUCGGCGGCGACCGACGCGUGGGAGAGGCUGCCGCCUAUGCUGCGGCCGCGCGGACACAUCGCCUCGAGCGUGCUUCCGUACGGCGACGGCCUCCUCGUCGUGGGCGGCGUGCAUGAUCGCCGCGACGGCGGGUGCGGCCCUCCCGGCGAGGAGCACGAGGCCGCGAGCUACUACUCGCCAAACUCCUCCGCCGGCUUGCCCGCCGGCAAGGGCGGCUGGUCCACGCUGCGGGGCGCGUGGCCGCGGGGCGCGAGCCAGGUCUGCGGCGUGCUCCCAGCAUCCGCCUCUGCCUCCGGUAUGGCCUCCCUCUGGUGCCAGUGGGGUUCGGAGCUGCGCAGCGUGAGCGUCGGCCCCGAGGCUGCGCCGCGCCCGGCGCCGCGCCCCGCCGCCGCGUGGGUUGCUGCGCGAGGGGGGGAGGCGGGCUGCUGCCGGGCCGCGAGCGGCGGGUUCGGCGUGUUUGAGGCGGUAUGGGGCCUCGACGAGGCCGGCUGCCGCGCCGCGUGCCUCGAUAAGGGGCAGGCGUGCGUCGCCAUCGAGCUGUUGCGCAAGGGGCGCCACCUCAAGUGCGAGCUCCACUCCGCGCUGGUCUCGCACACCGUCCCUGUCCCGGGCUGCUCGUGCUGGCUCAGGCCGCGAGGACUGACACUGAGGUAGAGAAUCGCGCUCGUUCACUCGACCCUCCCAGCCUCACCCUCCCUCUGGCACCAAAGGACCACCCUAGGGAAUAUGAUUAUAAU